AUGAGAUGCCUUUUUGGCAGCCCAUUUCCUUUUUUUUUUUUUUCGCAGCCAACGAAUUUUCUUUUUCAAGAUUUCGCUUCAUAUCUUUUUUCAAACGUGUCGUUACUAUCAUUUAUUUAUCAUGUACAUCCUCGUGCUACAGCACAGGUGGAAGAGCCAAGAGAAGACCGGGCGGGCGUUUUUGAACAACAACGAACAAUCGGAGAUACCCCGUCGUUUUUUUUGCCUUGUUUGCUUUUUUUUUUUGGGAUUUCCAAAUGCCAUUAUGGGAGUCGGGGCGAAAGGGAUUAUUUUCUGGCGGUUGGCGAGCAAAGACGGGAAGUAUACACAUACUUUACACACAAAGCCUGCUUUUUCUUUCUUAUCGUCUGUAUUACCAUCAUCAUUUAUUGGGGGAGAAAGUUAUUUACAACGGCACCCUAUACUUAUUACUUAGUUUUUAAACCUUGUUUUCUGGUUAGCUACUUCCCUCCUUACCCUCCCUUGGAAGAUAGGGAGGAGGUGUUGGAAAGGGGGCGGCGGCGGGUUUGGCAGCUGGGGGAAAGGGGGAAGAAAGAAGCUGCGAAAGAUUAUGCAGUAUUACGAUAG